UACAACACGCCAUCCAUUUCAGCAUAUGUGCCAUUAAUCCAAGAAACUAAAAAAUAGUGAAUUAACCAGUCCCUGAACGUUCAUAACUAUGUCUGAAUUACGACCAUAUCUAUUUUGGAAUAAACAUACCUGCUAAAAUGUACGGCGUUCCAUAGAGACGUAAUGAUAACGGUAAUGUUGCGAAAUCGUGAUAUGAAAAUUGCCACGAUAUGGUCGUCGUCGUGUCACGCUAUUAAAAGCACCACAUCUGGACAACUGGCCGGGUUAUUUUCCAUUCGUGCAUUUUCAACACCCUCUAGUGGUUACUUUAUUUGCAGUUUAAUUUUAACGCCUCGAGGACGGAACACGUUUGAGUUCUUCCGCAGACUGACUCAAGUCACAACCUGUGAGUGUAUUUGCAAGUAAGUGCCCACUAUUGAAAGUUAUUUGCGUUAUCAGCCAAACACAGCAUUGUGAACUACGUAGCCCAUGAUAUGUUUUUUUCCGACUGUAUGUCGUUGUUAUACAGUGUAAAGAGCUUUUUUUUAGAUCGCCAACUUACCCGCAAUAUUGUGAUAAUUAUCGUCUUGUUAGGUUCGUAUUGUGAUAAUAUCAUGUCAUGACGUUUGGAUAUUGUUUCAUCCGCAGUUUUCCAUAUCCCUUGGAAACUGUUUACCUCAUGUCACUUCUUCUCUUUGACUUCACAUAUUCAAACUACGAUGAAGAGAAGACGGCUAAAAUCGUCAAAUAAGAAAUAUAUCCUGUUUUCUCAAAUCGCUCUCUCUUGGUCAAAUGACACGUAAACAGAAUGGGGGAGGGGGUACCUUUUUCAGAUUCAGAAGCAUGCCUUGAUGGAGUAUGUGGCCCACCAGGCCAUUGUCAUGCUGUCCAUCAUGGAUUUGGGCCGAUCGUUGAAGGUGGACCCGUGAGACUGCUUCAGGCAGUUCUUCUCAAGCAUCAAGGUCAGAAAAAAGCCAAACUCGGCUUCCUGUCCGUUUUGGUCUCUCUGGUGAGGCUGCACCCGCGUGCGUCACAGAGCGCAGAUCAGCAGAACCGGGAGGCAUUGGAUCGCAAGUUUGAACAGCUGAAAGAGUGGGUGCGGAACUGCGCCGGGAUGAGUAUGGAGGAGGCCAGAGAAGAACUGGAGGAGCAGGAGAAGCAAAAAAGAUUGGGUGCUGGUGGUCUAGACCCCAUUGAGGUCUACAAGUCAUUCCCCAAGCACAUGCAAAGAAGCUUCGAUGAGAAGAAUAUUGAGAUGCUGCACGAGGCCAUCGGCAACAUGCACCCUGAUGAUGAUGAUGAUGAUGAUGAAGAAGAUGAAGUGGUGGUCUCCACAGGAGGGCAAGUAUCACCUGGCAAAGUGCAUCGACUCUGA